AUGACUAUUAGCAACACUCCUGUGUACAUGAGUGAGAUCUCUCCUCCAAUCACACGAGGGUUUCUGUGGCGCCUCAACUACGUCGUCUCUGUCUUCUUCGGCAUCGUAUUCGCCAUAUCUCUGUUCUUCCUCCCAGAAUCGCCUCGAUGGCUUGUGGAGCAGGGAAGGUAUGAAGAGGCUGCAGCUAUUUUGGAGCGUUUGCACCGGAGCAAAUUAGAUCCCAAAGGCACCGUAGCCCAUGCUGAAAUGACUCAAAUCCAGGCGCAGGUCGAAGUAGAGAAGAGUAUGCCACGAGGGUACCUCUAUAUUUUGAAGACGCCAUCUCUUCGAUGGCGCUUCUUCUGCACCGCUCUUGUGUGGGGAAUGGGACAGUCCACAGGCAUUAAUGUCAUCGCCACCCUGACACCAGUUCUCUUUAGCAAACUCGGGUAUGGCACAACGCUCCAAUUAGGCCUUACAGUUGUCUGGACGGUUUGCCUGCAGAUCGGCUGCAUCGUUAACGUGCUCAUCGUGGAUAGGAUUGGCCGCAAAAACCUGCUCGGCACCGCCGUUCUCCUGUCCAUUGAAGCAGCGCUGGAGAAAUAUUACCUGAACUCCACGAACGCGGCUGGUAUCAAAGCCUGUGUCGCAAUUUACUUUAUCUUCGCCACCUGGUUCACCUCGACAAUCGAAUGUACGGGUUAUGUGUACGCAUCUGAGAUCUGGCCCACACAUCUACGCAGCUACGGAGCCACCAUCACCUACACCGCAUUUUUUGCCACCGCUCUGGCAUAUUCUACUCCUGCAAGCUCUGCGUUCUCAGCAAUCGGGUGGAAAUACUACAUGGUCUUCGUCGCUGUAACUGUACCUGCAGUUAUUGCCAUUUGGAAGCUGUUCCCUGAAACCAAGGGCCUUACUUUGGAGGAGAUUGGUCAAAAGUUCAAUGACCCCGUCAGCCUCACAUUUGAGGAUGCCGCGGCUCGUAACCUCGAAACCUCCGAAAGGAUCGAUAAGAUGGGGCAAGACUCUGCCAACACCUGUAUGAGCUCUUCGAACGAGAAGACUACUGGAAUAUCCGAUGCUGCAGAAGCGUAG